AUGGAUGGCAACAGGCGCUUUGCAUCUAAGAAAUGCAUUGAACGCUCUCAAGGGCAUAUGAGGGGAGUUGAAAAACUUGCUGAGGUGUUGGAAUGGUGUCUAAAUCUUGGAAUUUCUGAGGUAACUGUGUAUGCCUUCAGCAUUGACAAUUUCAAAAGGUCCAAGGAAGAGGUUGACUGCCUUAUGGAAUUAGCUCGGCAAAGAGCUAAACGCUUGUUAGAAGAAAAAGAUGAAUUAAACAAACAUGGUGUGUGUGUUAGAUUGAUUGGCAAUUUGAACUUACUUCCACAAGAUAUUCAGAAUAUAAUUGUUGAAGUUGUGAAUUUAUCUAAAAAUAACACAAGGGCUUUUUUGAACAUCUGUUUAGCUUAUUCAUCCCAGGAUGAAAUCAGCACAGCCAUCAAGGAUGUAGCAGAAGGUGUACAAAUGGGUUUAUUAAAAACCAGUGAUGUAGACCAGCAGCUUCUCCAGAACUGCAUGUAUACAAACAAAUCUCCUAAUCCCGAUUUGCUCAUUCGGACAUCUGGAGAAGUGAGAUUGAGUGGCUUUCUUGCUUGGCAGAGUACUUUUUCCUGUUUAUCAUUCCUGAAAGUUUUAUGGCCUGAGUUUAGUGUGUGGCACUUGUAUUUGGCAGUCCUCAAUUACCAACAGAAUCAUAAUUCUAUUCAAGUGGCUGUAAACUACAAUAAUAAAGAAUGUGAACAUCUUCAGAUGACUUCUGAUUACGAGAAUGCUAUAAUGGAAAGAAAUGCAGAACACAAUUGUCUUGAAGAGGAAUUGAGUUCCCUUUCUGCUUCCAAGAACUAUGUCUAUGCUUUGCAAAGAAAACAGCGUGUUGAUGCUUUCCUUAGUUACUUAUACAACAAAAGAGAAGCUUAUAUACAGAAUAUCUGUACUAAAAUUCUGUGA